AUGGCUGAGCGACAGAGGCCUGGGUAUAACGUUGCGGUCGAGGGGUUUCGAGAUCGGGAAUACCCUAUGCUCAAAGACUGCGUUUACCUGGAUCAUGCGGGAUCAACUUUAUGCGCCAAGUCCUUGAUGGACACAUUUUCUCAUAAACUAACACAUACCCUUUAUGGCAACCCGCAUUCCGGAUCGUCAUCAUCGCAACUUUCAGCAGCCAAGAUAGAUGAUGUACGGCUGCAAUUACUCCGUUUUUUCAAGGCAGAUCCGUCAGAAUAUGAUUUAGUCUUUGUCGCAAAUGCCACUGCCGGGGUAAAGCUUGUGGUCGAAGCCAUGAGAGCGCUCCCAAAUGGCUACUCCUACGUCUAUCAUAACUCAUGUCACACGAGCCUUGUGGGAGCUAGGGAAGACGCAAAUCAAAGUAAAUGUGUCGAUGAUGGCGGCAUCAACCUAUGCUUGAAAGGCGGCGAUGCGAUUGUUCGGCCCGACACAUCAUCCGCAACUCUGUUUGCUUACUCUGCUCAAUCUCACAUGAACGGCCAGCGGUAUCCCCUAUCAUGGCCACGAGAUCUCAAAGCUAGUCGCAGAAGCGCUUCAGCCUCUACAUUCACGCUUCUUGACGCAGCGUCGUUCAGUGCCACAUCGCAACUUGACCUGGGCUCUCCUGAUUUUGCCGCCGAUUUCAUCGUUCUCAGUCUGUACAAAAUUUUCGGAUUCCCAGAUCUCGGGGCCUUGAUAGUCAGGCAUUCUGCAGAGCACAUUUUUAGCCAUCGUCGCUACUUCGGUGGCGGUACAGUUGACCUGGUAUCGUGCCACAAGAAAGAGCAAUGGCAUGUGCGGAAAAGCCAAUUCCUUCACGAACGCCUGGAAGACGGCACAUUACCGUUCCAUAGUAUCAUGGCGCUCGAUUCAGCCAUGGCAGUGUUUUCAAAUCUGUUUGGUUCCAUGGAACGCGUUAGUGCGCAUACAUCUUACCUAGCUAAGAGACUCUUUGACGAGCUUCGCAAAUUGAGACACGGCAAUUCCCUACCGGUUUGCGUCAUGUAUCAUGACCAGCCAGAGGUCCCCGAUUCGCUCGGAACAGGGCCAGUGGUCUCGUUCAACCUGCAAAACAGCGCAGGCGGCUGGGUCAGCUUGGCAGAAUUUGAGAAACUGGCUGUUCUCCGGAAUAUUCACAUUCGGACGGGCGGUCUAUGUAGCCCUGGGAAAAUGGCUGCUGCCUUGGGCCUAGAACCUUGGGAGAUGAAGAGAAAUCUCUCUGCUGGCUAUCGAUGCGGUGCUGAAAACGAGAUCAUGAAUGGCAAGCCCACGGGGGUCAUACGGGCAAGUUUGGGAGCCAUGAGUCUAGAAUCCGACGUUGACCGAUUCUUGGCAUUUGUGCGCGAGUUCCACAUUGAAAACGAGUGCCCUAAUGCUGUGGUACCGAACCAUGGCGAGACGGGUCCGUCAGAUUCGACUUGCGGACUACGAGUGACAUCAAUAACUGUUUAUCCCAUAAAGAGCUGUGGUGGUUUCAACGUUCCCGCGGGGAGAAGGUGGGAAGUAAGGCCAGAGGGUUUGGCCUGGGACCGUGAAUGGUGUUUAAUCCAUCCCGGUUCUGGCCAGGCUCUCAGUCAGAAGCGCUACCCCAAGAUGGCACUACUUCGGCCAAUUCUUGAUUUCGAGAAUGGGCUGCUGAGGGUAUCCUACAUUGGUCCGCGCAGCGAUGCGAAUCUCCCUUCCGAGCUUCAGAUACCUCUAUAUGUGAACCCAGCCUUCUUUGAGCACGCGUCAAAGCAUAUGCCCUCACGAGUUUGCGGAGAGCAGAUCUCAGCACGGGCGUACGUGUCCUCCGACGUGAACGCUUUUUUCUCCGAGGCACUAGGCGUUCCUUGUGUACUGGCAAGAUUUCCUGCCGGUGGUCAGGGCCUCACUUGCCGGACAGCCAAAGCCGGAAUCCAGAAAGAUCAACCAUUCGGCAGGCACCUCACUCUUCCAGGAUCCUUUCCCGACAUUCCUUCUCCACCAGACUCGGAUUCCGAAUGGCCAGGACGGGGCAAGAUAUUGUUGUCAAAUGAGAGCCCAAUCCUGCUGAUCCAUAGCAGCAGUGUUGAUGCCUUGAAUGAAGAGAUUGUGCAAAGGGGCGGAGAGAUUGUAUCACAAGAUUCAUUCAGAGCCAACGUCGUCGUUGCAAGCAAUGCUGAAGAUGGCACGGUGGGCCAGAGUGCCUACUCUGAAGAUGGGUGGAGUCGAAUCCGCAUUGGAAGCCAUGAUUUCAGGCUGCUCGGUGCUUGUCGGCGCUGUCAGAUGGUUUGUGUUGAUCAAGCAACGGGGCAUAGAAGACAGGAACCUCUUUCAACGCUGGCAAAGAUACGAAGAUUCGAUGGAAAGGUGUAUUUUGGAGCACAUAUGCGACAUGAGCCGCAGAGAGGAGAUUCUACUUCGGCCGGUCAAUCACCCACCAUCGAAGUCGGAGCAGCUGUCACCGUUGAAAGGAGGCUUCCGUGA